UUUCUGUUGUCGAGCGCUCAACAGGCAGGCUCUGUGGUUUCCGUUCACACUUUUGCGUGAUUCCUCAAUCUUCCCGCUGUAUCUAUGUGCCUAUAUAAACACAAAGAAGCGCAUCAAGAAACCAAGGCGUAGAAGAAGCAACUGAAGUGGAGUUGCUCUUGUCUUCUGCUUUUGAAGACCACCAAGAGUUUCUCUGAAGUGGGCAGAAAAAUGCAGAAGCAGAAGCUGCUGCUCUUUGGGUUGCUUCUCUUCUUCGCGGCGCCGGUCGCCGUGUACGGUCAGGGAAAGGGUCUGUUGCGGGCGGUGAUCGUGUUUGGUGAUUCCAUAGUCGACGCAGGCAACAACAACCAUCUGAAGACCAUCAUCAAAUGUGACUUCCCUCCUUAUGGGAGGGAUUUCAAUGACAAAAUGCCCACGGGAAGGUUCUCAAAUGGGAAGAUCAUUAAUGACAUUCUUGCAUCAGUUGCUGGGAUAACUGAUUCUAUAAUGGCUUAUCUUGAUCCGAACCUCGAAGACAGGGAUCUUCUCAACGGCGUUACGUUUGCUUCUGGAGGCGCAGGACUAGAUGAUUUAACAUCGAACGUUGCUAAAGUCGUCUCGUUGUCUGGCCAAGUGGAGCUAUUCAAAGAAUACAAGGCGAGACUGAGGCGUGUGGCUGGCGAGAAGAAAGCAAAUGACAUCAUAACUAAUGCUCAGUACCUCCUGGUCAUGGGGAGCAAUGACAUUUGGAGCUCUUACUUCGCUUUAGGAUUAAGAAGCAAAGAAUAUGACAUUGAUUCUUAUACUACCUUUUUGGUGGACAAAGCCGCUGAAUUUGCCAAGAAAAUAUACGAUCUAGGCGCUAGAAGAAUUGGGAUCUCUGGACUGCCAGCUAUAGGAUGCGUCCCAUUCGUUAGAUCAAUGGCAGGAGGAAUAACCCGACAGUGUUCAGAUCCCCAUAAUGAAGCUUCUGAGAUGUUCAAUUCCAAGCUGCAAAAGAAAAUCGAACCGCUUACCAACAGCCUCGACGGAGCGCUUCUCAUGUACCUGGAUGUCUACAAUCCUUUGAUGGACAUGAUUCAAAACAAAGAAAAAUAUGGUUUUGAGGAGGCAACUCUUGGCUGCUGUGGCUCUGGAAACGUGGAAGUGCUUUUCUUGUGCAACAAUUUGAGUCCACUGACAUGUCAAGAUAGCAAAAAGUAUGUCUUCUGGGAUAGUUUCCACCCAACAGAGAAGGCCUACCGCCUGCUUCUCAACCAAACUAUGGGUGCUUUUCUCCCAUUGCUUCAGUAGCAGACAUCGAUCAUUCAUAUUAUUCCUGCGCCUAAAUCUCCCAUCAAUAAUAUUGGUAUCUGCCAUUAGUUGUUUUGGUAAUACCGCUCUAUUGAUUGUGCUUUAUUGAUUCCUUGGGCCGAGUUGAGUUAGGAUGAAAGUGUUUGUACCCGAAAACUGAAAAUGGUCUGAUAUAAAGAGUAUGUAACUUCACCAGCUUUUUGAAUGAAUUGAUGAAA